UGGAGGACGGGGCUGGGCGGGUUCGGGGCGGGGAUAGAGGCUAGGACUCCGGAGCUAUCUAAACUUCCGGUGCCUGCAGCGCAGCAAGAGGCAGCUGCACUGUUCGAGGUUGCACAGGCAGAGGCUGCAGGGAGCAGGAGCCGGUCAGCGCAGCCAUGGUGAAGAUCAGUUUCCAGCCCGCGGUGGCGGGCAUCAAGGCCGAUAAGGCCGACAAGGCAGCGGCAUCUGGCCCGGCCUCGGCAUCUGGCCCGGCCGCGGAGAUCCUGCUGACGCCAGCGAGGGAGGAACGCCCCCCUCGCCAGCGCUCCAGGAAAGGGGGCUCCGUGGGUGGCGUGUGCUACCUGUCUAUGGGCAUGGUGGUGCUGCUCAUGGGCCUUGUCUUUGCCUCCGUCUACAUCUACAGAUACUUCUUCCUUGCUCAGCUGGCCCGAGAUAACCUCUUCCACUGUGGCGUGCUCUACGAAGAUUCCCUGUCCUCCCAGAUCCGGACUCGGAUGGAACUGGAGGAAGAUGUGAAAAUCUAUCUUGAGGAGAACUAUGAACGCAUCAAUGUCCCUGUGCCCCAGUUUGGUGGUGGGGACCCUGCAGACAUUAUCCAUGACUUCCAGCGGGGUCUCACUGCCUACCACGACAUCUCCCUGGACAAGUGCUACGUCAUCGAACUCAACACCACCAUUGUGCUACCCCCUCGAAACUUCUGGGAGCUCCUCAUGAAUGUGAAGAGAGGGACCUACCUCCCACAGACGUACAUCAUCCAGGAGGAGAUGGUGGUGACGGAGCUUGUCAGUGACAAGGAGGCUCUGGGCUCCUUCAUCUACCACCUGUGCAAUGGGAAGGACACGUACCGGCUGCGGCGCCGGGCCACCCGGAGGCGGAUCAACAAACGUGGGGCCAAGAACUGCAAUGCCAUCCGUCACUUUGAGAACACCUUCGUGGUGGAGACGCUCAUCUGCGGGGUGGUGUGAGGCCUUCCCUCCAGGCCCGCCCUGCCCUCUCCUUCCUCCUCCUGGCCGCCCUCCGGCCCUCCCCCUCCUCCCUUUGCUUAGCUUGUACCUUGGGCACUUUUCCAUAGAUGUGACAUGUCCCACUAUUCUUUCCAGCCCCACCCUCCUCCCUGUACCAGGGCCGUGAUCUCUCGAGGGGACCUGUGUCUGCUGGUCUUUCAGGUGUGAGGUGGGAGGGGACAGUUGCCCAAGAUGGUUUCUGUAAUCGUCGUUUUGAUUCAGCUCCCCAGUGGCUGGGCCAAGGGGAAGGACUAAAGGGAGGGGCUGGAUAUGUGAAAGCCCGGGACAGGGGCAAGAGCAUGGAUGAGGCUUGGCAUGGGGUUCAGAAAUAGCACCCCCACAUUUGGGCAAGUCCCCAAAGACUUUUUUCAUGCACGGCACACUUCCUCUGUUCUCCUGGUUCUUAGGCCUAAGUGUGGACUAAGGGUGGGGAAAUGUGUCCUGGGUUGGACCCAUCAGAGCACAAGAGCAGGUGGCUAACCUGGCCUCUCCCUGGGGUUCAUGUCAGUGCCUUCGUCCCGCCGGCCGGAAGGAGCCUGGAGUUUGAGGGUGGGAUGAGUCUGCUAAGCACAACUGUUCUCUGAGUGGAACCAAAGAAAUGAGGAGCUGGGCCGCCCUGGCCUGGCACCUGGGAACACAGGAGCAGGUGGGUACGGAAGUCAUCAGCUGUGAGCUGCAGGCCCUGGGCAGUGGGUGGAGCACACGCCUUCCUCCACGCCAGGGCUGCUGGAACAGACGGAAGCGGGAAGGAGAGACACUGGUACUUCCAUCCCUGCUUCCUCUCCGUUCCGGAUCUGUCCCCGCUGUCCAGGGGUGCGUGAUGUUUCUCCUUCUCCUUCUUUUGCAUGUUUUUACUGACGUUCAUGCUGGCCGCCCUCAGCCCUGAGCCUGGGAGAGGCUUUGGCAGCUCGGGUCAGACUUGGGCUCUCCAUGGCGGUGAAGCUCUCAAAUGCUUUGUAUAUUUUCUCUAUUAGAUCUCUUUUCAGAAGUGUCUGUAGAAAAUUAAAAAAACAAAAAAACAAAAAACUCA